GCUCGCUCCACGAGCUUGGACCCCAAACGUGGAUUCAGUUGCCAAAAGUCCCAGGAAAUAAUGUCCAAUAUUUCCACAUCUAUGGAUUCUUCACUUCUUAAUUGACGCUGAUGUUUCUAAAGAGACAGUAAAUUGAUUCUUCUUGCAGACUCGGUCAGAUAUUGCCGAGCAUGGACCAGGAACAUGGCUCCAAUAUCCCACCUCGGGGCAGUCUACGCCUCUCACGACUGCCCAUGCCACGUGUGAUGGCUUCCAACGACAACUUACGUCUCACUGCUAAAUCCUCUGCUUUUGCAUUGGUUCACCAUGAUGAUCCAAAAAAGAACUCUCAUCUGCCACGGCCAACAGGUCCCAAGAUUCCAGCUCCUCUGACAGACAGCAUAAAUCACUCCAUCAGGUCGAGGUUUAAUUGGACUGGCUCGAUCCGAUCGAGGAGUGUGUCACCCGUACGAGAUGCCCUCCGGGAAGCACAGAACGCGUCUUUGGACACGACACCACCAAGCUCAACUUCUCAGGCUCCCAUCUUUGAACAAGGGGACGAAAAUCCAACCAAGGAUGACAAGCAUGAGCUCCAUCGAGACGUCGCCAAUAUUCGGAAACAUAGGCCUUCGUUGUCUGAAAGGACCGUCGAGACUCUCUCUCAGGUUUCGCCUUGCCCUUCUCCGGUGCCGCAAAAGGCCAGGCCUGUAGACAUUCACCCCGAUAUCCCAUCUCCGACACGACCAGUCACAAGUAUGAGGGUUUCCCGCCAGGACUCCAGACCAUCGACCCCUCGCUCUGAUUCACCAACAAAAUCGCCCUUCCGACCACCAGGCAGGAUCUCACCAUCGAAAGAUCUCUAUGCGUUACCGGCAGUUAUGUCCCCGGGCAAUAUUUAUACCCCUCCAAAAGCUUUCGUCAAAGGACAUCGGUCACGGAUUGCCAAGCCACUGCGUGAUGGGAAGACACCCAUGGAAAACGAAGCACCACAUCUGGCCGAGAGCGGCUCUGUACGCUCAUCGAACACAUCAACUUCGGCAUGGACCUCGAGAACGACUCAUCGCAGCAAGACCAUUUCAUCGCAUUCUGUGAAAUCCAAACCCUCGCUUGCUUCCAUUUUCAAGGAUCCCCCACCACCAGUACCCAACACUGGCAAACUCGCUGUUUCCAACUUGGAACAGCAAAAGACUCUUCUGCGCCCGAGAACGAGGGGUGAGAACUCGAUCGCUCCAUCCACGCCGCCGUCUGUGGCUUCCAAGUGUCGUUCCGCCACAGAACAACUCGAAGUUCCCAAAUCAGAGAUCAAAAAUUCGCCUAAAUCAUCGGCUGCACUCAGAGAGUCGAUUGCUAAAGCAAGGGCUGCGAGAAAGAAGGCCCUGGACCCCGACGCCAGUGUUUCUCAUGAUGCCUCUGCAGGUACAUCUUGGCCGGCCGUUUUGGCAGAUGGAGAAGGCAUGAAUCACCCGGAACAUAGAGGAGUUCUGAAACGCCGAUUCAAUCAAGCUCUUGCAUCGGGUCACCUGAGCAUACAAGGAUUGUCGCUCAAGCGCAUCCCGAAUGAAAUUAUGAAACUAUACGAGAGAGACAACAGCACUGUGCCAUGGUCCGAGAUGGUAGACUUGGUCAAAUUCACCGCAGCAGAUAAUGAAAUCGAGAAGAUCGAGGAUGACAUCUUUCCAGACUACACUACAGAAGAGCUUAUGAACGAUGACGAGAAGACGAACCAAUUUGCAGGACUAACAAAUGUUGAUUUCCACAGAAACCUGCUCCGCGACAUUCCAAUUGGCCUUCGCCGACUGGAAAGGCUUGAGACUUUGAAUUUGAGCAACAAUCAUCUCAACAACAACUCGUUGACAAUUCUUGGCCAGAUUCCCAAUCUGAAGCAGCUGUCAAUUGCUGAAAAUAUGCUCAGCGGGUCAUUUGAAGUUGCCGAAAAUAUGUUCCCCACGCUGCAUACGAUCGAUGUCCAGGGUAACAAGAUUGUUGCGAUCAAAGCAGAGAGCCUGGCAAACCUGAGAUCCCUGAAGUCGCUUAAUUGUGCACGCAACAUGAUUAAGACAUUGCCAUGGGAGGUGCUAGCAACACUUCCAGUGACCACAUUGAAUGCUUCGAAAAACCGGCUGUCGGGCACACUUUUUCAGAUGAAUUUGAAAUUGGAGAAUCUGCGCAACCUGGACGUCUCAUACAACGCCUUGGAAGAAGUUAGCAAGUCAGGCCUUGAGCUGCCCAACAUGCAAUACCUCAACUUGAGUGGAAAUCGAUUCGGACGAUUGCCAUGUUUGGGUAAGUGUAGUCAGCUGCUUACGCUAUUGGCAUCGGAGAAUCAGAUUGCAGAGAUUCCCAAAGGGUUUCAAGACCUGGCUAGCUUGAAGAGUGCAGACUUUGGCCAAAACAACAUCAAGAACGUCGACCUUGAAAUCGCGGGAAUGGAAACUCUUACCAACUUGAUCUUGGUGGGGAAUCCACUGCGCGAGAAGAGAUACCUGAAGAUGAGCACGUCGGAGAUAAAGCAGCACCUUGCAAAUAAGCUCGAAGAAAAGCAGCCAGAGGCUGAUAGAGACUCAAGCACUAUCGUCUCUUCUAGGGCGGUGCGCUUCAAGCCAUGUAACGGAGUGCUUGAUCUAUCGUCUCAGUCAUUGACUAACAUCAACAUGGAUGAUUUGGACUUGGAGGGCUCAGACGGUCCCGUGCAUACGGUUAGACUCUCGAACAACGACCUCGCCAUAGUUCCUAUGGAGCUCCUCACUCAUCCGGCAGUGAAAUAUUCGGUUCGCUCUUUGGACAUGAGUCACAAUCCUCUCAUUUCGUCGGGAUAUCUGUCUACAGAACUGUUCCUGCCAAGUCUAAAAUCGUUGUAUGUGGUUAGCACUGGUCUUGCGUCUCUGGACUCAUUGACGACGUACCUGAAGGCACCAGAACUUGAAGAAUUGAACAUAUCAUGCCACCGGCUGGCUGGACAUGUUCCAUGGGUGCGGGCCUGGUGGCCGAACUGUACGACAUUGCUUGCUACGGAUAAUUGGUUCAGCAGCGUCGACACUGAAGGCGUACGUGGACUAGAGGUGCUUGACAUUCGCAACAAUGAAAUUGAGGUACUGCCCGCAAAGCUCGGUCUGCUGGGAAAUUUCGUUGGCUCUGCAAGAGAACCAGGGAGACUCAAAGUGCUUGAAGUGAGCGGGAAUAAAUUCCGCAUGCCACGAUUGGCAAUCGUGGAGAAAGGAACCGAGGCAAUCCUCAAAGACCUUAGGCGAAUGGUCCCCGACGAUGAAGUCCCAGAGGAAUGGAAGGAGACUCUAUGUUAGAGACACAAAAAUCUCUGAGCUGUGGAGCUUCCAAUGAAGGGAUAUUUGGAAAGGCGGAUGUUUAUUGACUCUUGUCAUUCUCUCAGUACAUCAACACUAUCCGUUGGUGCCUGAUCAUUAUUCUAAUUCGAUUCGAUUAUAUAGUCGUGCAUAUCGUGUUGGUUAUAGAAACCCCCAUCCUUUUCUCACA